AUGCUACCUCACGUACUUCUCCUCGCAGGCUUCCUCCACCGUAGCCAUGCCUUCUCGAUACCACACGUUCCUCGCCUCGGCGAUUUUGUUGGCGCCAGUCACACCCAGGCACUGCAGCAGCCGUUACAAGAUUCACUCGAUGUGUGGAUCGAGAAGGAAGGACGUAUAGCACUAGACAAACUCCUGGCAAACAUCGCACCUGGCGGUAGUAAUGUCCAAGGGAAGGAUGUAGCGGAUGGCACGGUCAUUGCGAGUCCGAGUCAAGAGAGUCCAGAUUACUGGUUCCAAUGGGUUCGCGAUGCUGCCAUAACUAUGAACACCCUCGUAGACGUUUAUGCCGACGGCCCAUCCUCUUCUCGCGGUUCCGCGUUGUCUUCUAUCCUCGGCGCAUAUACUUCUCUCUCGAGCGACAUUCAGCACACCUCGAACCCUUCAGGCACAUUUGACGAUCUUUCUGGAUUGGGUGAACCCAAGUUCCACGUCGAUGGCACACCAUUUACUGGCUCCUGGGGACGGCCUCAGCGUGACGGCCCAGCGCUACGGGCCUUGACGCUUAUGCACUAUCUGCGUGAAUACAAUGCCUCACACCCCUCACUCUGGAGUUCAGAGUCAUCUGAGGAUUUCUUCGGACCAUACUACACUGCGGAGAUGCCGCCGCGUAGUGUCAUCAAAGCCGACUUGGAAUACGUCAGUCACUUCUGGAACCAGUCAAGUUUCGACCUUUGGGAGGAAGUCGAGGGCCUGCACUUCUUUAACCUAAUGGUCAGCGCAAGAAGUUUGAAGGAAGGUAGCGAUCUUGCAAGAACAUUUGGAGAUAUAGGUGCAGCGCAAUGGUACAAAGAGCAGGCUGAUCACAUCGAGAGUUUCCUCGGCAAGUUCUGGGAUGCUCAGAAAAGUCACCUUGUGGAGACGUUGUCGAGCAAAAGGAGUGGACUGGAUUGCGCAUUGCUCCUUGGCUCUCUUCAUGCUCUGCCUGCAGAUGAUUUUGAAGGCGACUCUGCAUACCCACCUUGGUCUGACGAGAUUCUCGUUUCGCUUCUUGCCCUUGCUCGUGACCAACGCGAUCGGUUCCCCAUCAACAGCAAUCCAUCGGACGAGGACCAAGAUGACGUGGAAGAAAACUCAUUCGAAGGAACCGGUAUUGGGCGUUAUCCUGAAGAUGUAUAUGACGGAUAUGGCACCUCUAACCGUGGUGGUAACCCUUGGUUCCUGUGCACAUCGUCGGCUGCCGAGGUUCUUUACCGUACCGCAUCACGUCUCUCGGUUGCUGGCAAUUUGACCAUCUCUGGCACCGGCCUGCCUUUCUUCGAGGCCCUCCUUGCAACAUCAUCUCUUGACGUUGAUGUUGGCACAUUCGGUCCGUCUGAUGCACUCUUUCAUUCCGUUAUUGAGCGAUUGCACACCACGGGCGAUCAGUUUCUCGAGGUCAUCAAGACGCACGUUGAUGCUGAGGGUAGCAUGAGUGAGCAGUUCGAUCGUGUGACUGGUUAUAUGAGGGGCGCUGAGGACCUGACAUGGAGCUACGGAGCAUUCCUGCAGGCCGCCAGAGCGAGGAAAGUAUUCAUGGACCUUUGA